GCUUGUUCGCUUACCCAUUACAAAGGAAGAAGAAGAAGAUGGGGGAGAUAUGACAGUAAGCUAAUUUGGUAAACAGACAGCUAGCUGGCCCUUAAAAGCUUGGCGUUAAAUAAUGUACCAGUCAAGAUGGGGCAGACCCUGUGUAUUUGCUCCCGUGGCUCCCUCACCAUUGAUAACAAAAAAUAUUACUUUGUCCAGAAACUAGACGAAGGGGGGUUCAGUUAUGUUGACCUGGUAGAGGGGGCAAAGGAUGGGCGCUUCUACGCUCUUAAGAAGAUCCUGUGCCAUGACCGUGAAGGCCGCCAGGAGGCACAGACAGAGAUGGAGAUGCAUCAGAUAUUUAAUCACAACAACAUCUUAAGCCUGGUUGCGCACACCUUUGUUGAUCGUGGAGGCAAGACUGAAGCCUGGUUACUGCUGCCGUAUAUUGGAAAAGGCAGCCUGUGGUCUGUUUUGGAGAAGCUACGGGACAAGGGAAACCUGAUGCCUGAAAAACAGAUUUUGCAAAUCUUUCGUGGUAUCUGCUCUGGACUCAAGGCCAUGCACGAGAAAGGCUAUGCACACAGAGACCUGAAGCCGACAAAUGUGCUUCUGGAUGAGGAUGAUAGACCGCUUUUGAUGGACCUGGGCUCCAUGAACCGUGCCAGGAUUGAGGUUCGAGGAACCAGAGAGGCCAUGACCAUACAGGACUGGGCAGCGCAGCGGUGUACCAUUUCUUACAGGGCUCCUGAACUCUUCAAUGUAGAGAGCCACUGCAUUAUAGAUGAGAGAACUGAUAUCUGGUCACUGGGCUGUGUGCUUUACUGCAUGAUGAUGUUGGAGGGGCCGUAUGACAUGGUAUUUCAGAAGGGAGACAGCGUUGCCCUGGCUGUCCAGAAUCCAGUGACCAUCCCACAGUCGUGCAGUUACUCGGAGGGCCUGAAGAUGCUGCUGAGCUCCAUAAUGAUGUCCAAUCCACAGGAGAGACCCAACAUCCACUGGGUUCUUGACCAGGUACAGGAUCUGCAGAGCUGCAGCCCCAACAUGCAAACCAACAUGGUCUGAUCUUACAUGGUGAACUGGAUGUGGGUGUCCUGGAAACCUUUGCACACAUGAAUGAACAUAUUUUAUUUUUAGCUUGAGAAACUUUUUUCUUUAAUUUAUUGACUUGAAUAUAAAAGUUGGGGCGCUGAUGUUCACUCAGCUCGGGGAGCUCGGCAACAGUUUUAGCCUUUAGUUUGUAUCCUAAGAUCCAGCCUGCCUCUAGCAGUGGACUCCUGUAGUAGUAAUAGACCUGAUCUGAAGAAUCUGAAGGGCCUUAAAUGUGUUUUCAACCUGCAAUAUAGUGCUCUUAGCAAGGUUGAAAUGUGCUUCUAACUCAAACCAGCUUUACUUUGUAGCUUUAAAGGGAUAGUUUGACAUUGUGCAAAAUACCCUUAUUGCUUUCUCCAGGAGCUGCAUGAUCGGACAGAAACCAUUCUCACAUCUGUCCGUUAAAUUUAAAACUGGAGCCAGUCUGUUAGCUCAGCUUUGCUUAAUGACUGUAAAGAGGGCUGAACAGCUAGCCUGAUGCUGUCUGAAUGUAAAACAUCUGCCGACAAGCACUUAACAAACUCCUCAUCAUGUAAUACAUUGUACAUCUGUACAAAAAACUGAAAAUAAUAAUAAUAAUAAUAUAGGCGUUAUUGUAUUUAUUUAUUUUUUCUUCUGUAUGGAUUAAACAAACAAGACAUAGCGGGGUAAUUGGUGAGCUUUAGAUGUGCUGGUAUGCCAGAAUUCCAUAAUUUUAGAUUGAGCGAGGCUAGCUGUUACCCUCUGAUUUCAGUCUCUAUGCUAAUCUUAGCCUAUCCAAUUGUUCUAAUUUCUGAAUAUUAGUUUAAAAAGUGUUUGUCUUAAGUUUGUGUAUUUAAUAAGAAAAAGGGAUGACACAAAAUCUUUGCCAAGCUGUGUGCUGGAUGAAAGCUACCCAGGUUCCAUACGUAUCUGUUUUCAUUCCCUACAAAGACGGAAACAGCCCACUUCCUUUUUAUUUUUUAAAUCUUAAUUCCUGAGUGUUUCUUGUGUUACGCUUGUGUGCUGUUGUCACAAAUAUACAACUUUGCCUUCAGCUUUUCUCCUCACUUUAACUCGUACUGUUUGUUUCCACUGGGACUGGGGCGGAAUGCUCCCCACCUGCAAUGCUGCAUUUAACCACACAGUGGUGCUCCACCAUCACAGACCCCGGCGCCACAUACUGACAUGAAGAUGUUUCUGUCUGUACGGCUGAUGAUGUGUGAAGAGGCUCUUUUGUAAAACACAACAAAGAGUGUAUGUGUACGGGUCAGGUGUUACUGUAACUAUACUUUAGUGAUACAGGAUGAACUUUUAAUCACUUUAAGGAAUUUUCCUUUUUAUUUUUUAUUGGUAAUAUCCACAUUGCAGUUAAACCUUUUCACUGUAUUGUUUAAAAAUAUAUAUUUUCCAUUUCUGCUCUACAUGUGGUAAAUUCUGAGUUUCCUGUCAAGUGUGAAAUGAGGUGUCACUAUUUUGUUCUCUCAGGGUUUACCCAUAUUUUUAAUUGUCUGAAGUAGUCAACCUCUACCUUUUUUUCAAGGACAAGUGUGUAGGACUUAGGGGGAUUUAUUGGCAGAAAUUAAACAUAAUACUUUACUAUAAUGUUUUCAUUACAGUAAAAUCACCUGGGAUUUUUGUGAUAUUUUGAAUGGCACCCUUCAUAUCUACAUAAUAAGGGAUCCUCUUCCACAAAUGUUGCAUUGCCAUAUUUCCACAGUAGGCCUGAACAGAAAACCACCCUUUUUUUUUUCUAGAGGGGGCCUUUCAUGCUUUUAUUUUUCACAGUAGUUCUCCGACAUACUUAAGAGUGGAGAUCUGUUCAGUACCAAUCUGCUGCAACCUCAACACAAGGUGCUUCUAAAUUCUACACACUUGAUCUUUUAAAACUAUCAUUUAAUAAAAUAAUACUUUGGGCAUUUAAGUUGAGGUGGGUGCUUUUGUGGCCCUGUGAUGCAGUGAUAUUGGACCACAUUAGAACAACUAAAAUCCUAAUGCUUUUACAUUACAUUGUUGUAGUGAGAAUUGGCAUAAUGUUUAAAUAUAUAAUCUUUUUAAUAAUCUGUUUGAAAAUGUCGAAAGAUGAUUUUUUUUUUGUUUUAAUAAUAAUACCACACAGGUAGUAAACUAAAGGACCGUUUUUUUUUAACAGUGCUGAUGGAUUCCAUAGAUAUUCAUGGAAAAUUUGUUGAAUUCUGUUUCAUCUCAUUAAUUGCACAGUAAAGGAUAAAUAAUAACACCCAUUUUCAAUUUAAUUUUGUCCUCAAACUGUAUUCUUCACUCUAUACUCUAAAAAGUCAUCAUAAUAAACACAAAAUGUGUUCGGAGAGCAUUGA